AUGAGUGAUCAUCAACCUGGUACCUCUAGGGGUACAAAACGACCAAAUGAGGGACCUUUGCGAGUGCCAUCUAAACGUGUUUUAUUGCAAGAAUCGGAUAUUAUCAACGCUUUAGAAAACUCCGAUGAUGAUGAUUUUAUGGGAAGUGAUGAAGACGAAGAUUUUUUAUUGGGUGAUGAUGAUGAAGGCAGCUCAACCCUGGAGUCGGAUGAAGAUGAAGAAGGAGUUCAGUCGCCCUCUAGUGAAGUUCGAGUUUUGUCUACAGAAAGGGAGGGCUUAAAUGAAACGAUCGAAGAGUCAGCUCUGCCACAUGAGUCUCCUGAACCUGCCAUCGAAGGCUCAACUUCACACUGGAGUACUUCUUGUUCGUCCAUAAAGCAAAUACCAUUCGUUCGAGAGUCAAAGCUGCAUAUAGAACCGCCAUCACAACCAAUAGAUUAUUUUUGUCUCUUUUUCGAUGAAGAAUAUUUGAGAAUGAUCGUAGAGUGCACUAACAGAUACGCCGAAAGUAUGAAAAGUUCUAGUGAACAUCGUCAUGCACGUAUUUCAAGAUGGAAAAAUUUGACAGUUGAAGAAUUCAAAACAUUUCUGGGCCUUUUGUUACAUACUGGCACUGCAAAAAUGAACCGAUUGACAGAUUAUUGGAAGGUUCACUGGUUAUAUAAAUCAUGUUUUUCGAAUUAUAUGUCACGAAACCGAUUUUUUAUUAUAUUAAGCUGUUUACAUUUUACACUUCCUAAUGAAGAAGAAGAAGUCACUGCCAGACGUCUAAAUAAAUGCCAGAAAAUAGUUGCAAAUUUCAACAACACAAUGAAUAAUAUAUAUUAUCCAGGCAAGAACCUAUCUUUAGAUGAGUCGAUGGUUUUAUGGCGUGGUCGUCUCUUUUUUCGACAUCACAUAAAAGGAAAACGCCACAAGUAUGACAUCAAACUGUAUGUGCUUGCAGAACCAGAUGGCUUGAUUUUAAAUUUCCAUGUAUUUACUAAUACAGAAGAUGAAACAGCAGUAAAGGGCCACACCGAAAAAAUUGUCGAAAAAUUGAUGGAUAACAAAUUGGACGGUGGCCAUUCAAUCUAUAUGGAUAAUUUUUAUAAUUCAUAUAACUUAGCAAGUAAACUGUUGCGUCGACUAACUUAUUGCACCGGCACACUGAACAAAAAACGUAAGGACAAUCCACGCGUUAUUACUUCAAAUAAAUUAAAAAGAGGCGAAAACAUCUCGCGGUAUAGAAAUGGAGUCCAUAUUGGUAAAUGGAAAGAUAAGAGAGAAAUUCAUUAUAUAUCGACAGAGUUCGCUGACGAGAUGCAAGAAGUUACAAGUAAACGUGGUAUUACAACACUUAAGCCAUUGGCUAUACUACGUUAUAACGAAAACAUGUCAGGAGUUGAUCUUCAAGAUCAAAUGAUUUCAUAUUACCCAUGCGAAAGAAAGACUUUACGUUGGUAUUUAAAAAUUUUUAUACAUACGAUGAUGAUGAGUCUGGUAAAUUCUCGUUUAUUAUAUAACAAAUUCUCUGGAAAACCUAAGCUUUCAUUGUACGACUUUAGGGAGAACAUCAUUGAACAUUUUUUACCUCAAAAUGACCAAAUACCCGAAUCCUCAUCGGGAAAUCGAAGUCAACAAAGUCAUAGGUUGACGAAAAUAGUCAAAACGACGGAAAGGACAAUGAGAACGGGACCAGAAAGAAAAGUGCAAGCAGUCGCAAGAAAAGAUUGCAGAAAUUGCUAUAAAAAUAAAAAACGAGUGCAGACUACGAUGGAAUGUAAAAAUUGUCCCGAUAGUCCACCUAUGUGCAUGGACUGUUUUUUUAUUUUACAUACUUGUACCAAAAAAUAAUUUACCAAAUAUUUUUUAUAAACCUUUUGAUCUGAUUUGUUUACUAAGACUGAUAAGAAAUUUCUAAUUGUUAUCCUAGUAAAUAGUAUGAUAUUAUAGAAGUUAUUUGCUAAAGCUGCUGCAGACUUCGGUGUCUAAAAUGCUUAGAAGAUUUUGUAUUUUCCAU